AUAUAAUUGCGGGGGAAAAUGGGAAACUCUGGCAGUGUGAACCAUAUGCAAUCGGCUGGUUUAAAGGAACUCCACAAUUAUUAUCAAGCCCAAUCGAACGACGAUGAUGGUGGUGGUGCUGGAAUUAAUGACUUCACAUUUACAAGAGGUGAACAAAAGUACCCUGCAGGUGGUGGUAGACCGAUGUCAAUUCACCAAUCACAAAUCUCUCGCAUACCAUCGAGUAAUCGGUUGACAUCUUCUCCUUCUGGAGUAAAUAAUAAUAUAAAUAAUAAUCAAAUCAAAGUCUUGCCAAAAUUAAAUGAAAAUCUUCGAUUGAGAUCAACAACAAAUGGUGCUAUUUUACAUUCAGGUGGAACAAUAAGUGGUCGUAGGGAAUCAUUGUUGCCAUUGCCAUUGACACAGCCGCUAGAAAGAUCUAGAACAUUUAUAAGUGGAAUUUCGGAAGAUGACGAAGAGUCAAGAAAUAAGAAUCCCCCAGCUCAUAUGAUGAUGAUGAUGAUGCAACGUCGCUCCCAGACUCAACUCGAUAUAGAUGUACGAAAAAGAAAUCCCAUUAGCAGGAGCACUAUGCUAGAUGAAAAUGUCCUCCCCAAACGAUUUAGUUCAAAUCUUGAUUUGAGAUCAUCAGCUACUGCAAAUAUGGAGACUUAUUCCAAUGAGACAUACCAAAAGCUAUCAAAGGCAAAAAUAAGAACUAAAAAGAGAAAAGCUCCUCAAAUUCCGCCAACAGAGAAAGUACCAAUUGUCGAACAAAACUUCGACUUGGACAGAAGACAAAGGUUAUUCAAAACUAAAACCGAAACAAAUGCAAUUAAUAAUAGACAACAACAACCGAUAAACAAACAAAGUGAACGGGAGAGGGAGCGGCGGCGAUGUCAGGAACCUUCAUCACCAGUUAUGAUGAGAUCUAAAUUGCAUCCUGGAUUUCGAAGAGAAAAAUCAUUUGAUGCCAAAUUGUUAUCAUCAGAGAUGACAAGGCAAACAGAAGCAAACUCACAGCGAGAGUUUAAUCCAUUAGUUAUUGAUGCUGCAACCAAAAGAAAAUCACUGCAAAUAACAAAGCGAACUUUAGCAACAUCAACAUCACAUUCACAGCACCCAAUUGCUGUGAACGAAAUAGAGAAAUCUGAUUUUAAAAUGGAACUUGAAGCUGCUACAAAAUUCCGUUUUUCUUCAAUGACAACGGUGGCGAGAGCAACGACGACGACAGAGCCAUCUGCUCGCCAAACUCGAGUGCUCAAUGAAGACAAACCAAAACCAUUGUUGCCAUCUAGAGAAAUUCAAUCAAAGAUUCCACAAUUAAAAAAGACCUUCUACUUUGGAAUGGAGAACUCUAAACGAAAAUCAUUGCCAGCAACAAGAAUGACAAAUACGACAACGACGACUGAUUCUAGCCAAAAAAUUGCCAAGCCAUCAUCAUCAUUAUCAUCACCAUCACAAUCACCAUUAGACACGAAUUUCACGCCAAAAGACAAUGAUGAAAAUGAAAAUGAAACUUAUUCCUUAAAACAUAAAUGUGGUGAUAGUAAAAUAAGAAAUGACAACGGAAUUCAACUGAAUGUCCGGCCUACGCUUCCACGUCGCCAAUUGGAAAUUCCUCGAUUUAGCCCCGUUGCAGCUUGGAGGACUUUGUCUGCAUCCGACGAACAACAACAACACCUAAAGGAACAAAAUGCCGCAACAUCUUUCAAUAGCCCCUCACCAUCCGUAAAUACAGCCAUCGCCAUCGAAGCAACAAACAACACAUUUCUAAUAGAAGAUCGAAUUCAUCGCACCUAUCGUGAUCCAUGUCCGUUUUAUCCGGAUAAUAAAAGCGGUGACAGCGGAAUAUCCGGUGAUGAUGGCUACAUUGUGGAGAAACCAAUCCAGCCAAGAAAUUUGCAAAAUUGCUGUAAUCAAUCAGAUAAUUUUGAUAGUAAAUACCCUACUCCGGUGAUGGAUGAGAUGGUGGCGCCACCUAUGAAAGUUGUGGGACCAUUUUUGACAGCUUGGACACCAAAACAGGAUUUAGAUGAAGACGACACUAGUUCGGAUGGUGAUGGCAAUGGCAAUGAAAUGACAAUAAACAUGCCAGAUAUCUAUGACAGUCCUACUUCACCGCAUGUAUUUAGCCUAUCAUUGCCAAGAGAGAAUCAACACUCUGCUGUCUAUGGAGAAAAGAAUACACCACCAGACUUUAGAAGCUUGCAGAAGCUUAAGCGUACCACUUCGGGUGACUUAAAUGACAUCAAUUGUGGCUGCACUAAUUCAUCAGACUCGCAACAUAAUUUGCUGCUGCAUGCAAGUAGUGGCGGUGGGGGAGGGAAAGGGGCAGGAGAUGUUUCUUUGAACAAUUUUCGCAGUGAUAAUUGGGUUCUAAGUAAAACCACCCGAAUGACAACAGCUUCCACAUACCUUAACAAUGAUCCCAAUAGUGCUAAUCAUCCAAUGGAUUGUUCUUCAAAAGUGAUCGAUGGCGGCAAUAAUUAUUUUGAUUUGUCUGUUUCCGUUCAACCAAUGUCUUUGGGCAGUCUGGCUACUGGAAAGCACGUAAUGUACUUGCCCAAUAGGACUACGGGUGAAAGUGAAUUCAAACGACAAUCAAUAGCACCAGUUGCGAUUAGGCCGCCCCCUGGUGACAAUUUAAUGUCAUCUAAAUAUGAUAAAAGCUUUGAGGAUUCAUUAUGUAAUAGCAAUAUUCCAAUGCGAAAUAAACGCUUUAGCUUUCAAAGUUCUGUAAGGCAAGUUGAACGUCGUCGCCUAGCAGAGAAGCUGUCAAAAGAAGCCGAUCAAAAAGAAGCCCUUCGAAAGAGUGAACUUGAAGCAAUGAGAAGAGUUGAAGAAGAAUUCCAGAAAAAACGUGCCUAUGAAAAGGCAUCUAUUCGGCAACAACUACGAUUAUAUUCCAUGGAUGAUGACAAUUUUAUAAGUCUUCCAAACCUAAACGAUUAUCGAGCUGAGCCUGAUGGUGCUGUAUCAAGUGCUUCGGAGUCACCUCCUGCUCCCAUAUUCCAUCAAACACCCACAACAAUUAGAAUUGGGAGAAAUUUUGAAUAUCCUAAUCGGGGGAGUGAUUUAGAGAUUGUAUCUUCAAAUUCAUAAAAAGGCUACACGUGCAUCUGCAGUUUGAAUGCACAUAUCAGUUUUUAAGAAAAAAAAACAAAAAAAAAACAGCACUUUUACGGUGCGUUGCAUUGCGUAAUGCGUUAUGUUUGCUCUUCUGUUAGUCAU